CGCGCGGAAGCGGUCUGUGCACUCUUGGAACCAAGCAGGCGGCGUUGGGGGCGGCAGUUGCUUCAGUCGGGCGCCCUGACAAUAAGGGCCCUGGAUCGCUCGGAGGCGCUGACCUCCUGCCGUCGCAGGCGGCCCCAUGAGUCGGGGGACCAUGCCCCAGCCUGGAGCAUGGCCAGGCACAAGCGGUGCGGAGAAGUUGGUGCGGGAGGCGGCGGCCGCGUCUCCUAGCCCCGCCAGAGUCGUAGUGCUGAGCCAGGCGGACCAUGAGGAGGACAUAUACCGCUCGGAUGAUGAAAUAAAAAAGGAGAAAGAAUUACCUAUACAUGAAAGAGGGUUACCAGAACCUAGAUUAAGUGUAGCUCCUGAAGUGGAUAUCAUGGACUACUGCAAAAAGGAAUGGAGGGGAAAUACAGAAAAUGCCACAUGUAUGAAAAAGGGCUACGAAGAGGUAUCUCAGAAGUUCACCUCCAUAAGGCAAGUCCGCGGAGAUAAUUUCUGUGCGCUGAGGGCCACGCUGUUCCAGGCCAUGAGCCAGCCGGCAGCGCUGCCCUCCUGGCUGCAGGCUCCGGACCUCACGCUGUUACCAGAAAAACUCAUAAACAGAUACAGCUGGAUCAAGCAGUGGAAACUUGGACUGAAAUUUGAGGGGAAGAGCGAGGACCUAGUUGAUAAAAUUAAGGAGUCCCUCACUCUGCUAAGGAAGAAGUGGGCAGGCUUGGCUGAACUGAGAACUGCUGAAGCAAGACAGGCGGCUUGUGAUGAAUUGUUCACAAAUGAAGAGGAAGAAUAUAGCCUUUACGAAGCUGUAAAGUUUUUAAUGCUAAACAGAGCCAUUGAACUGUAUGAUGAUAAAGAGAAGGGAAAAGAAGUACCAUUUUUCUCUGUGCUUCUGUUUGCUCGGGACACAUCAAGUGACCCUGGACAGCUACUGAGGAACCAUCUAAACCAGGUGGGACACACUGGUGGCCUUGAACAGGUUGAAAUGUUCCUUCUCGCCUACGCUGUGCGCCACACCAUCCAGGUGUACCGGCUCUCCAAGUACAGCACUGAAGAGUUCAUCACAGUCUACCCCACAGACCCACCCAGGGACUGGCCGGUGGUGACCCUGAUCACCGAGGACGAUCGGCACUACAACAUCCCCGUCCGAGUGUGUGAGGAGACCAGUCUGUGAGGGCCUUGCACCUGGACAGUCUGGCCUUGGGGCCACGGUGUGCAGGCAGCUCCUCGGCUCGGGCCUCGGCCUGCUGGGCUCCUAGGGUGACUUACGGGAGCUCUUGUGCCCUGUGAGCCAAGCUGGCCUGAGGAGUUCUGAAGACUAGCUUUGGAUAAUGAGUUAACCAAGUUUUUCCCUCAUUAUGAAGCAAUAUGUUGUACCGGGUGCCUUCAGAGCACAUUUGUUGGAAGGUGCAGACUAUAUCUUUUCCAUAAAACAAAUACUUUUGUAAAAAGAGACUUAUUUUGGAGAGGAAUAUGUUCUUUAUAUCUCAACUCAAACUUUCUCUAAUAGUCAGCUGGCUUUUGAUUUUUUUUUUUUAAGAUAGUAAUUUUUUUGUUUUGCUGGUAGUGGGUCUCUGUGAUGCCCUUGCUACACUGUCUGCUUACUUGGCCUGAUUCUGGGACGGAGUCUUUUAAUGGCACAGGCUGAAUGUCCUCUGCUAGUCCCAUCAAGUAGUGGUUUGGAUUUACGUACUAAUUAAACCAAUUCUAGACAGAGCAUUUAAUAGAAGGUUAAGAAUUGAGCCCAAAAGCGAGUUAUUUAAAGGCUGGAGAAGGUGCUGGGGUAGGAGGGAGGUGGCAGCACCUGGAAAUCCCUGCUCUUUAAGGACCUGAUCGGUGCCUGAGGCAGUGGACACACCAGGUCUGGUGCGGGGCGCAGGUGGUGCUCUGUGAGCCGGGGGAGUGCUGCCUGUGGCUGACUGAGCUCUCAGUCGGGAGCUGUUUAUUAUUCUGCAGCCCACAGGUUCACUGUUACGGUCAGAACAGUGCUCAGAUCCAGCUGCUUUGUCAGAGAAGGAGACCAAAGUUGAAUGACUGCAGCCACUCAUCUGACUUCAGGGGUGGGAUGAACUAGGUCCAGGUCUUCCUGUGCCCUUUUCAUGCCUUUUUUUUCCCCCCCAGAUUCAUGAAACUCCUCUGCUGGUAGGGAACAAGUAACAGCAGAGUGCCUGAGGUUUCUCAUGAGUCAGCUUAAGCAGGAGCGUGUGCUAGAACUGGGUGCAAAAGUGUGGCUGAGCUGUGUCUGCCCCUGACUGGGUUCCGGAGGCCUGAGGGAGGCAGUGUUCUGGCUGCAAGCGCUGCUGCAGGGCCUCGGGCAGCCUGGCAGAGCACGGUCGGCCUCGGCCUGAAUCGUCCACCCCCGGGAGACGGGGCCGCGGGCACUGUUCUCAGGAGCCAGGCGCGUCCUCUUCCGGGCAGUGCCAGCGGCACCCGCCUGGGCUCGGAGGUGAUGCCGCCCCGAAGUGUUGAGCUUUAGUUUAGAAUAACUUAAAUCUUUAUUUGGUCCAAUGUAAUAAAAUUUAUAAACUAUCUAAUUGUUUUCUUUCAGAGGGACAGUCUUUUUCUUUCUUUAACCUAAGCUUUGCUUUCAUUUAAAAAUUAAAAUUCUUAGUUGAGAAAACUCGACACACAAAACUGUGCAGAUCGUUACGUUAGUGCUUUCCCUGUGACCUCACCGUGAGCACCGCAGUUCGGUGAUGCCGACUCACUGGGUCAGACUCUGCUCCAAACGUGGGGGCAGUGGAGAGGCUUGUGUUUCGCACUGUGACAUGCAGUGGUGCCUUGGACAAGAGGUGCCCAGAAGCCAAAUUGAAGUCAUCAGAAUGACUGCCUGUUGGCUUCGAUGCUGCAUUUUAGUAUUUGUGACAUAACAGGAGAUACAUACCAUUCAUUCUUAAAUAUU